AUGUCCAAGUCAAGGUCUCGUACACAAUUGAAAAGACAAAAAUGGAUAAUUGCAUUGGCUUGCGUCGUCUCCGUUUUUCUGAUCACUGCUUAUUUCUACCCGUCGCAAAGCUCUUCCACAUGCUAUCUCUUCUCUUCUCCUAAUUGUAGUGGGAUGUUUGGCAAGGCUCCUCCUACUCCUACAAGGGAACUAACUGAUGAUGAGACUGCAUCUGAAGUUGUAGUCAAGGAGAUUCUAAAGACUCCUCCUCUUCAGUCGAAGAAUCCGAAAAUUGCUUUCAUGUUCUUGACUCCGGGCACUUUACCUUUCGAGGAGUUAUGGGAAAAUUUCUUUCAGGGCCACGAGGACAAAUUCAGUGUUUAUGUACAUGCGUCUAAGCAGAAACCAAUACAUGUGAGCCGCUAUUUUGUCGAUAGAGAUAUACAUAGUGAACAGGUUGUUUGGGGGAAGUUUUCAAUGGUUGAGGCAGAAAAGAGACUCUUGGCUAAUGCACUUUUAGAUCCUGAUAACCAACAUUUUGUUCUGCUGUCUGAUAGCUGCAUACCACUGCAUAGCUUCGAUUAUGUAUAUAACUAUCUCAUGUACACAAAUGUCAGCUUUAUAGAUUGUUUUGUGGAUCCUGGUCCGCAUGGAACUGGGCGAUAUUCUGAGCAUAUGAUGCCUGAAGUUGAAAAGCAGGAAUUUCGAAAGGGUUCACAGUGGUUCACUAUGAAGAGGCAACAUGCAAUUGUUAUGAUGGCUGACAGUCUAUACUAUACCAAGUUCAAGCUUCACUGCAGGCCGAACAUGGAUGGCCGCAAUUGCUAUUCGGACGAGCAUUACCUGCCGACCUUCUUUCGGAUGAAAGAUCCUUCUGGUCUUGCAAAUUGGUCAGUAACAUUUGUCGAUUGGUCUGAAGGAAAAUGGCAUCCAAGAGCAUUUAGAACACAGGAUGUUAGUUAUGAUCUUCUUAGGAACAUCACGUCCAUUGCUGAAAGCACACAUGUGACAAGUGACGAAAAGAGAACACUACUGAGCGCUCCUUGCAUGUGGAAUGGGAUGAAGCGACCAUGUUUCUUGUUUGCCAGAAAGUUCUAUCCUGAAACUCUGGGAAAACUGAUGCACCUUUUCUCCAAUUACACAAAAGUUUGA